UUUUUGAACAGCAAGUACAAUGAAUGUUUAUCUCGUCCCUGCGCUCUGGAGCGGUCAGGUCCAUCAGGAAGCCGCUCACGUCAGUAGGACCGGGUCACAGCCGCGUCCUCGCUGGGCGGAGCGAGCGCGUCCUGGACCCUCUCCCGCAGCACAGUCCCGUCACAGACCUGCAGCUGCUUCUGUCACCUGAGCACCGGAACCAGGUCGCCAUGAGGCUUGUCGGGCAGAACCCACCAUUCGGAACCUCCUCCUGGAUUCUAACGAGCUCCUGCAGGAUUCGGGUCUAGAUGUUUUUCUCCUCGUGCGUCAGGGGAGGAAGGUUCGGUUCGGGUGCGAGUUGAGUGGAUUCAACACUUUAGUGGAUUUCCAUUGGAGUCGGUUCCGGUCCCCCCAGCGGUCCGAACUUUUCAUUUCAACCGGACAUUCAGUUUGGGUCUCCGCAGGGUCGGUCUCGGGCGUCACGAUGGUUCCAACAGCGCUCGUUCUGUUACUGGCGGCGGCGGCGAGCAUCUGUGAAGGUCGUGAGUGUAGCGCAGCCUGCAGCCCGGAGACCGGGUUCUGCGAGGGAGCCGGCAAGUGCAGGUGCAAACCCGGCUGGGAGGGAGAGAACUGUGACCGCUGCGUCCCUUUCCCCGGCUGCCUGCACGGGAGCUGCCGCUCCGCCUGGCAGUGUGUGUGCGAGGAAGGCUGGGCGGGAAACCUGUGCGACCGAGACACCCGUGUGUGCUCGUCGGCUCCGUGCGCGGGAAACUCCACCUGUGUGGAGACAGAGGAGGGGGGAUACCUGUGCGUCUGUCGCCAUGGUGACCGUGGAGACCAGUGCCAGCUGGAGACGGAGACAUGUGGACCCGACAGCGCCCCCUGUCAGAAUGGAGGCCGAUGCUCCAAUAGCUCCUGCUGGUGUCCUCCUGGGUUCUCAGGAGACUUCUGCGAGGUCCAGACCGACCGCUGCAGCUCACAGCCCUGCCAGAACGGCGCCACCUGCAGUGAUGGAGGUGUGGACUUCGCCUGCGUGUGUCCGCCGGGGUUCAGCGGGUCGACCUGCAAUGACAGCGUGGACUCCUGCGCUGCGGAGCCCUGUGCUAACGGAGGCACCUGCUCUCCAGGACCUCAUGGAUCUUUCAGAUGCGUUUGUCCGCUCCAGUUCAGCGGCCCCACUUGUUCCCGGCACAGCAGACCCAAGAGCCGGCCCAGACUGGGCGGGGUCCGACCCUCCGACCACGCUGCGGCGCUGGCGUUGCCCCCGCAGCACUACUUGGUGUCGGCUCACAGCUUCCACAAGCUGCUGCGACCUCUGGACCGGGAGGUGCUGAAGGUCACUCUGAAGGAGACGGUCCAGUCCCAUGGCGUGCUGGUCACUCACGGCCAGCUGGUGUGUUUCGGGAUGCUGGCGCUGCUCACCUGCCUGGUGGUCCUCGGCACCACUGCCAUCGUCUUCUUCGGCCGCAUCGAGAGCUGGGCGGCCAACGCCAGGUACAGCCGGCUGCUGCGGGAGGCCAGCGGCGCCAGAUCCGACCAGGCCGAGACCUCGGUCAACAUCAUCCUGCCUGAACGCAGCCGACUGGCCGGGUUCGGCAAACACUACACGUCCAUCUGACCGGCAGGACUGAAUCGCGUCAGGGUUCAAGAACGAACUGGGACGUGUUAAUGUCAUUGGUCACAUGAUUCAUAAUGGUUCUUUGUUUUUAUUAGCAAAAUGAUUGACCUAAAGUUGAUCAACGUUUGUACUGGUAUCACACCUGUGCUCUGGAUGACAUCAUGACUGAUCUCUCAGGUGUUCAUCACUGGACACUAGUUUUCCAUGCGUGAAGUAUUUUGUGAAUAUUUUCACUCUCAGCUCAGUUCAUGGCGUCACAUUUUUGCCGCUGGAGAACAUGAAGAGCGGAGAUCUAGGUCACCAGGCAAGCGUGCUCAGUGGCUCACCAGAGACGUGAAAGGGUGAAGAAAUGAGAGGGUGAUUCAUGCUCGCUAAACCACCAAGAACACAACAGUUAAUUCUUCUGAGGCAGGGGUUAAUGUCACUGUUACAAUGUGGAGGUGGAGAACAGAAAUGGUCCGGUCAUAAAGCUGCACAUGAAGGAGAAGCACGUGCUAUGAACGAGUGAACGGUGCAACACAGUUGAUGACUUGGGUGAUGAACGGGGUCAAUUGCUGUUAUCCGUCAAUAUAUAUUAAAUGAGAGGGUUCAUCAUU